GUGAGGACCACUACAGUGAUGAUAAUCCUACACUUCUGGUGGCAGAAGAGAAGAUUUCUUUUGGAAUCAAUGCCAUGUGCUCAUGUCUCACUACGGUCCAAGAUAUAAAGAGCUCCUACAAUGAAGUGGAUGGCCGGCUGAUUGCCAAAGAGAUUGGGAUUAACUCUCGGGACAGUUCAACUCCAAUAUUCCUGGCUAAGAAUAUUGCUGGACACCUCUCAGGUUCCUUGCGGACUAUUGGAUCAGUUGCUGUGGGCCGAUACGGGGUAAGAGAGUUCCAGUCCUGUCCAGCAGCUACUAGCCUGAACUUCAUUGGAGGCCCUGCCAUUCUCCUGGGUCUCAUUGCUAUGGCCCGUGAUGACCACACCAUGUAUGCAGCUGUCAAAGUCCUGAACUCCAUCCUGAACAGUAGCCCAAUGAGUGAAAGAUUGAUGAGGCACAUGGGUGGAUACCAGCUUUGGAUGAAAGCACCAGAAAAUCUUGAUGUUGCUCUUUUUUCACAUCUUGUGGAGAUCUUGCAGUCGUCCAGAGAUGGAUAUCAGAAUGCUGCAGUUGCCUACCAGGUGCAAAUGGUGCCCAAGCUUAUUUUCCUCUUCAAUGAUCCUGAAAUCAGUAACUCCAGGAUCACUGUGGCCUGCACUAUUCUCUCCCAACUGUUGCAAGGAUACUUUAACACAAGGGAUGUUCUCAGGAUUGGAUUGUUCCUUGUUUACACUUUGAAGCCUUCUUCUGUAGAUGAAAAUCAGGUUUGCCUGGAUGGUGUGGCUGAGAUGCCCAGUGAAGCCUUAAGCCAAACAUCUGGAAAGACAAUCUGGCUUCGAAACCAGUUACUGAAGAUGCUGCUAGAUGUAAUGCGCUCAAACAAACUUCAUCUGUCCUCUGAGGAACAAGAAGAGACAUUUUUGGCACUGGGACCAGACUGGUUUCUGCUGUUCACACAGAGCUACCUGCACUCUAGCACAGUUGUGCUAGGAAUCAAGCUACUUCUGUGCUUCCUCCACAAUCGUUUGCUGCUGAACAAAUUCAAGGAGGGGAUAGUGGCUGGGCGCUGGCUGGAAAACAGCUCUGUGGGGUUGAGUAUUCUAAUGGAUAAUUUAAAAACUCAACCUCCAGUGCCUGACAAUGGCUCGUUCUUGAUUUUUGGGUUUUCUGUGUUGCAAAGAUGUCUGACUGAUCACGUCCACAUCCCUGAGAUCUACUUGCUCGUGGCAGGGCUCUUUCUGGCAACUCCACAGUCUGAACCACCUGAAGCAGCCAAGAAAGAUCUUGAGUCUAUGUUGCAGUGGAUCUUGCAGCACCACCUUACGGAGAAUGUCCUCAAAAUUGGGUUGUGUGCAGAGGCAGCUGCUUUACUGCUGGAAAUGGUUAGAGUCACUGUGGACAAGCCUAUUGCAGAUGCAGAAGCCUCCUGGGAGAUUGCCUAUCCAGGGAACGUUAUCCAGUUUCUGUCCUUGAUCUAUCACAAUUAUACUCAGGACCCCGUGUGGCACUAUCCUGACUUCUUGAAAGCUUUGGCUAUGGUUGCUUUCCAUUCUGGACCACCCAAGGCUUCUCCAGAGGAUGCCACCAGUGAGCAGAAGAGACAUUUUCAGACAAAAGUUUUACUGUCUGCUAUGGAUGUCUUCCAUGUUACCAGCCAAGGCGAGGGGAAAACAAGACCAAGAGGGAGCAGUGAUUCUCAUGGCACUUCAGAAUCAACUGCACCUGUAUCCAUGAUGAAUAUUGUUUAUUGUGCUCAGAAGCUGGUUGAGAAGCUGAACAGCAGAAUGUUUGCUGCUGACCCCAAGCAAAUCCUGAUCUUCAUUGCCAAACAGAUUAUGGGGGUCUUAGAAAGCUCCGUUUCUCAAAAGGAAGUUUUCCUCAGUGCCCUAUACAGCUGUGUAAACAGAGCCAUCCUAUACUGCCUAUCCAGACCACAACAAUCGCUGCCUGAACAGUUUAAUGUCCUGAACACUCUCAAUGUCCUGCAGGAGCAGUGGGACAUUAUUUUUGCAACUUACAACUCAAAUAAUAAUUUUGUCGUCUGCCUAAUGUACUGCCUUUGCCAACUGAAUUCGGGCAGCUGUCCAGAAGGUUUUGGGGUGGAUGCAAAACCAAAGUUGGCUUCGUAUCACCAAAUUUUCCUUGCACCCAGUGAAGAGGAAAAAGGCAGUCUGCCUACUCCAGAUGAUGUCCGUCAGGAGAUUCUGAGAACAGUAGAAAUCAUCUGGAAGCAGCUCAUUUCUCAGAGGCGGCAGGUUCUGGAGGACACUUACAAGAUGGAUCUUUCUGUAAAAGGAAAUGACAAAGAAAGGGACAUGAAGAUAACGGAGAUGACUCCUUUAUGGGAAGAAAUUAUGACAAAAGCUUGGCAACACUUUAUAGCAUCUGAAAAGAAGAUUCUCCAGAAUAAAGCAGGUCCAGGCCUGUCACAGAGCAAGCACAAUUCCUGGAGUGAAAGCCUCUCUUCAGCUAUUAAGUUGAUGCCUGGCCGAAACACAAAGGAAAUAACAUGCAAAUCUGAGGGAUUUGUGUCAUGUAUGGAACAGUACCGAAGAAUUGGGCAGGAGCUGUACGCCUCUUUGUACAAGAACCACGUACAGGAUUGGCCAUCAGAGACCAACAAGCUUUUCAUUCUUUGA